AUGCAAAAUCCUGCUGAUUUCUUUACACACUACGGCAGUGUGUACUUUGAUGAUGAUGUAGACACAUCUCUCUUCUCUGUGCCUCAGUUCAGAAGUUGUGAUGAGGUCCUUCAAGCUGGUCAUAUUGUGAGUGGUAUCUACACGAUAUUCCCAGCUGGAUUCAAUGAUGGGCUACAGGUCUACUGUGACAUGGAGACUGAUGGAGGGGGAUGGAUCGUCAUUCAGAGGCGUCUAGAUGGCAACGUUGACUUUUACCGCAACUGGGCUGACUACCAGGUUGGAUUUGGUAGCUUGUCUGGUGAGUUCUGGCUUGGGAAUGACAACCUACGCAGACUGACUGAGACUGAAGGUAAGUGGCAACUACGAAUUGACUUAGAGGACUGGGAGGAUAACACGGACUGGGAGAAUAACACGGCCUGGGCUGAAUAUGACGACUUUCAGAUUCAUGGAGAUAACUACACACUCCAAGUCAACUCAUACAAUACCCGCAGCACUGCAGGAGACUCACUACAAACUCACAAUGGAAGGAUGUUUUCAACAAAAGACAAGGACAAUGAUAUAAUCGUUGUUGUCAUAACUGAAGUUUAA